AUGCCCCAAGGCCAUGGGACGAGGCUGUCCCACCCCUCCAGAACCAGCAUAAAAGCCGGCCCAAAGCCUCUCUCCCUCACACACUUCUCCUCAAGCCUUCUCCUCCUGCACCUGCAGACUACAGGCACCCUCCACACCACACCCAUGGCCUGCUACAACCGCUGCAGUCCCUGCGGACCCACCCCGCUGGCCAACAGCUGCAACGAGCCCUGUGCCCUGCAAUGCCAGGAUUCCCACGUCAUCAUCAACCCUUCCCCUGUGCAGGUCACCCUGCCAGGACCCAUCAUGACCUCCUUCCCCCAGAACACCGCCGUCGGAUCCACCUCCUCUGCUGCUCUGGGCACUGAACUCAAUGCCCAGGGACAGCCCAUCUCUGGUGGAUUUGGCUUUGGUGGCUUUGGCUACGGCCUGGGAGGCCUGGGCUGCUAUGGCAGAAGGGGCGGCUACAUCUGCUAAGGGCCCUCAGCACCACCACUGACACCACCAGCUCUGGCCUCUGGCAACAGCUCCUGCAAGCAAAGCGCCUCGGCUGAUGGCCUCUCUACUCCUACCUCACACCUUCCUUCAGCUUCUUCUUUCUCACCAUUCCUUCACUUCAAUAAAUUUUUCUUGCAUUACAA